CAGAUAAACAUUAUGGCGGCCCUUGCAAUGUGGUAAACAAAAUAUGAUUAGAAAAGUUUUAAAAUAAUUCAUCACACGAUACUUAUAUCGUUUGAAGAUAGACUACUGUCAAACACUAAAAUGACAACCGAGAGCAACCAAAUGGAUGGUGACAUCUUUAAUCAAGCCAAUGAGGACAAUGAUUUUAAAAACCAACAAAUAGAAGACUCUCCUAUUCGCUCAGCUUACAGACAUGAUGUGUCAGUUGGAAUGUUUUCUCCCAUGAAUGCAAGUAACAUGACGGAUGCAAGUGGAAGUUACCAACCAGAGUUGACUAACCUUCGUUUACAACUUCGACAAACCAAGAUAGAAUUACAGAGUGAACAAGAUCAAGUUUCUCAAUUAAGACGUAGAUUAAACACAGCUGAGAAAGAAAGACUGGAAGCAACAAGUAAAUCAAAUACAGAGGUUGCAAACCUAGAAAGUCAACAAGCUAGAUUGAGAACACAAAUAGAGAAAGGUGAAGCCAAUCGUCAUAAUUUGGAAUAUGAAUUAACACGUGUUAAAAGAGACUGGUCUCAACAUAAACAAGCGCAAUUAGAGAAAGAAAAUGUGUUAAUGGCAACUAAUGAUGAAUUAAAAGUAAGAGUAAAGGAAUUGAGUGAUGAAAUUAAGAGUAUGCAGAAAAAGAUGCAUUCCUUGAAAACCUCAACAGAAGAUUCUGAUAAAAGACUCAGCAGAGAUUUAGAAGAAAAAAAUCACCUGUUAGCCCGCUACCAUGCUGAACAGGAAGUGCUUCGGACAGAACGAGAUAAACUUAGUGCUCUAGCUCUUCAACAAGAAAGUGUGAUUGGAGAAUUAACAGAUAAUAUGAAAGAUCAAGAAACUGAGAUGAAAAAUCAUACAGAAAAUCUGAGAAGAACAUUAUCUGAAUUAGAUUAUUCUAAAGAAAGAGAAACCAGACUGAAAACAGAUUUAGAGCUAUCGCUUCAGAGAAUAAAAACAUUAGAAGAUAAUAUAGAAUUAGAAAGAGCAGCCCAUUUAGAGACAAAAUUUAACUCUGAAAUAGUUCAGUUACGUGCCAGAGAUUUAGAAGGUGGAGUUGAAAUAGAAAAAUCAACUAAUUUAGAGGCCACAAAAUCCAUUGAAAGAUUAACUCGACAGAUUAGGGAAUUAGAACAGUCAUAUGAAGGGGAACGAAAGAUGAAAAGAGAUGCAGUGCAUAAAUUAGACAGGACAGAGAAAGAUUAUGUGAAUAUUAGACGUCAGUUAACUAGUGAAGUAGAUGAUAAAAAGCAUGUUAUAAAUAAACUGUCUAAAGAAUUAGAAGCCCACCAGAGAAACUUAAAUGAACUUAAAGAAGAGCUUAAUAAAGCUAAGAAGAGACAAGUACACGUAGAAGAUACUUAUGGUGGCAGUUUAAAAGAAGUAGAAGAACUUGUUCAGAAUUUUGCGCUGAAUGAUAAACCGAAAAGACCUAUUCUCAAAACCAAAAAAGAUGACGGCAAGUUGAAGAAAACCGGACCAAAUCCAACUCAGAUACUAGAAAACUUAAAAAGAUUGUUAACUGAAUACAAGAAAAAAACUGAAAACACUGCAGAGGAGCUUAGUAAAUGUAAGAAGAUAUCGGAGAAACAAUUAAAAGAACUAGAAAACACAAAAGAGAUGGUAAUGGUCAAGGAUAAAUCUUUAGAGGACACCCAGAAAAAAUAUACAAGAACAGCUAAAGAAUUAAAUCGUGUACGUAGUGAUUAUGGUGAAUUAGAAGGGUUAUUAGCUAGAAUGCAGGUUGAUUUACAAACAACAUCAAGUUAUUCUGAUAGAGAUAGAACUAGAAUACAAGAACUUUCAGGAGAGAUAAUGAAGCUUGUUAGUAAACAAAAGGAAGAAGAAGAGGAUCGAAUCAAUUUUCUACAUGGAUUAUAUCAACAGUUAUUAUCAGGUCCCAUGAAACGACCUGUUAAAGAUAAAGGUUUUAAACAAUUAACAUUCUGUGAUUUAUCUGAUAUGGUAUACCAACAAGUUACUACAUUAGUUUCAGCUUUACAAGAAGCAGAUGAAAAGUUAAAGACAAUGGAGGAAACUGUUUUAAGAAAGGAGGUAUCCCUACAGGAAAUACAGAAUUCAAGUGAAGUUCAGAUUCAAAAGUUAACAUCAUUAACGAAAGAAAGAGAAUUGUCUUGGCAGAAACAGAAAGAUGAAAUAGAAGCUCAUUAUUCUAAACUUCUAAGUGAUCUACAAUCUCGCUCAAAGAAGAAUCAGACAAUAGCUGAUCAGGCAUGGGAGAAAGUUCGCGCCACAGGAAAUGUACAGCAAGGUUUACAAUCUGAAUGUUAUGAUUUAACUACAAAACUUCAAGAUGUACAUCAUCAAAACUCAGCACUUUUAGCUGCAUGUGCUUUACUCAGUGGAGUUCUCUUUCCCUUGCUUAGUCGCUCAAAUGAGUUAUCAUCACAGCGACAUAUUUUUGAAGAACAAAUGACAAGUUGGGAUCUUUGCACAGAAAGAGCAUUAUAUUUAGUAAACACUCUCAGUGCUGAACUCAAGGAUAGAAAUAAAACACCAAAAAAGAGCAAAACUCAACCUGUCAAGAGAAGUCCAUUAUUAGUGUUCCGUGUAGGCGUAAUAGCUGUAAUGGCUGCAAAUCGAUUAAAGUAUUUUGGACUGAGCAGCACGCAUGCUUUUGUGACAUAUGAUGCUGUAUAUUCAGGGAAUGGUCUGUUAAUGUGUACAGGAGGUGUUCAACCUGAACGAUAUUUAUUUUCUGAUAUGAAUGCAGACGAGUCUCAAAAUGUGGCAGAUACAUCGAUUAGGCCUGGAGAAAGCAAACUAGUAGAAUGGUUAUCCAGUCCUGAUUUAUUAGAUAUUGUUUUAACUUCCAUGACUGAACUACAGCAAGUUGCAGGUCAAAUAGAAAAUAAAAAUAAUCCUGUUGAAACAAGAGCUUUGAUUGGUGCAGCUCGUAGUUCCUUUACCAAAUUAUUAGAAAGAUUAUCCAGUCAGUUUCCAUCAGUUAGUUUAAAAUCUAUGUGUGCUUCUAGAGAACGUCAUUCAACAAUACGAUGUUUGAAUCGUAGUUUGUCCAAGAUAUUAGCCAGUAAACCUUUAGCAGAGAAGAGUAAUCUAGCUUCAUCACAGGAUUUAUUGAUGGCAUUACAGAACCAUGUUCUGGAUUUAACCAGUAGAUUACAUAAGGUAGAAGCUGAAAGAAAACAGUUGAUACAAGAUUUAAAUCAACUUAAAUCACAGACAGGAUUAACAGACAUCAAUAAAAUGGAACCAUGUUCAAAAUCAUCAGAUAGUUUGAAAUUUGUUUCAAUGGAGAAGUUUGAGAGAGUAUGUGAAGAAUUGAAUAGUGCUUUACACAGAGAACAACAAGCACAGCAUUUAUUACAAGAACAGAGUCGACAGUUAACAGAAUUAUCAACACGUCUCGAACUAUAUGCUACAGAUGGUGUAGAAAGACAGCAAACUCUAUCAGAAACUGUUCAAGAUUUAUCCGAAUUAAAGAGUGAAUUAAAAAGAAAGGAACAGACUAUAAGACAGUUAAAUAAACAAGUGAUGCAAUAUGAGUUUGAUAAGAAAUCAUUCCAGGGUAAUCUUACUGAUGCAGAAAGUGCACUUCGUACGGCAGCUAAAGAUAAAGAAGUAUUAGCCAACUAUAUUAAAUCUAUAGAAGAGGCAUUUGAAGAGGGAAAGCGGCAAUUAAGGAAACCAGGUCCACAUGAGUUCACGUUAUCUAAACUUCUUCUAAAUUCUGAUUUAAUACCAAAUGAUAUCAGUAAGGCUGGUCCAGAACUUAUUGCUUGUCAGAAUCUAGUGGCAGCAUUUAUAGAUAUGUACCAUUCCUCAGUUUCUAAAAUUAAAUCUUUAGAAGAAGAAGUAGGAGCACAUAGACAACAUGUUGAAAUCAUGAAACGGGAAUUAAGUGAUACAAUACAUAGAGAAUAUUCUAAUCAGCCCAUUAAUGCAGCAAGUCCUGACGGAUAUGAUUUAAUACAUUCUAUUUCACAACAAGAAUUCACUCCACUCAAGGAAGAUUCUGAAGUAUCAUAUUGUAUAAGUAAACCAAUGACUCCUGUAUUUAAGAAAAAUACUACAACACCAAACAGAAAAAACAUAUGUCCAAGUAAAAAGCAAUAUGGAACACCUAAAUCACAUGCUACCCGUCCUCGAUCUUCUACCUCUGGUCCUCGAUCUUCUACCUCUGGUAAACGGUAGAAUCAGAAGUUGAAUAAGAUCAAGCCUACACGCCGUUAGUCUUCCAGUCUUCUUGAAAAUAAAACCAUUCUGAUUAACAUACAGUUUAAAAUUUCCUUUUACGGGUCUUCACUCAGAUGACCCCUGACACGACCACCCACUGCAACCUGUCAGAUCUCCGAAAGUAUAAAAAACGAAACAACAUAUAGAUCUGUAAUUUAAUCAGAUUGCCAUCUAUAUCACUGUAUAUUGAAUACCUAUGUUCAAAAUUUUAUUUUCUGAUUUGUUUUGUGGGAUUUUACUCCUUUGUUAAGAUUUAUUUUAAAAUAAACAAUCUUGUAUAUUCAAUUUUAUUUUACUAUUAUUUCUGAUAUUGUGGUAUUGUAUACUAACUUGUAACUGUGAUAUUUUUUGUUUAUUUAAUUUGUAAUAAUACAGAUGACUAUUUUAGAUUUUGACUAAAAGAAUGUGCAACUUGAAACGACCCAGCCUCUUUGAAAUGAAAAUAUUGUGCAUUUGCUUUCAUUUUAUCUGUUGAUUUUGUUUUGUCCAAUGCAAAUCUGUCUUCAUUCAAUGUUGAGAUAUAAUCAAUUGUGUGUUCAAAAAUUUUGAAUCAAAAAUUUAACUGUAUAGAGCUUCUUCCAUCAAUAAUCAAAAUAACAUUACAUUUAGACCGAAAUCAACAGGGUUAACUCCAUUAAAUUUAACAAAACUAAGGGCUACGAUUUUGUGUCCCAUUGUCGAUACAGUAGCCAAAUUUAAUAGAAUAGAGCUUGCCCCUAGCACUAAUCAAAAUUUGACAUGAAAUCAAUGGGUAUAUAUAAUCCUUUGAAUUCUUCACAGAAAUUUAAUUAAUAUGCAAUAUUAUUCACAGCAUUUAUUGUAUCAAUGUAAAGAAAAUAUUUAAGAUAUAUUUCAUAUUAUUUUGAUAAUAAAACGUGCCCGUCCAUGGUGAUAUGUGCCCACAUUUAUACAUGCUAAAUGAGCUUUGUAUGAUCAAGCUGACAUUUGUAGUUUCAACAAUCUGUUAAUCUAGAAUACCUUAUUUAAAACCAGUGCUGUCAAAUCAAAAUUUAUUGAUGAAUGUUAUAAUACCUGGACAUUAUGUAAAUAAUUUUUAU